UUUUGUAUUCCCGGGCCUAGUAAAGAGAAUACCAAUGCCCUUUCACUUGUCAUUUAAACCACGGCUGUCGUCGGGCGCCUCCUUAAACCCCUUGGCAGCCGUAGAAUGACCAUAAAGCUCUUCUUCAAGUAUGCUUUUCCUCACUCACUUUCCACUUGUUUUCUUUUUCAUCCAUUGAAAAUAUCUUCAAGAUUCAUAUGCAACAAGAAUACCCUUGAUAAAUUGGUAGACCCACAGUUGAAAUUCCAAGAAAAUGACCAAUAUUUUCCACAAGAAGAAGAAAAGAAGUUAAAAGAAUCAUCUUUUUCAGUUCAAGAAUUGGGUUUCUUGCAAGAUUCAAUCUUGGGUUCAGUUAGCUCCAAAACUGAGACUGGUAAGUUUCCAGAUAAUGAUGCUUUAUUGGUUAUAAAUGCUGUUAGGAACUGUAAUGAUGGGUUUGGAGAUAGAACUGAGAAAGCUCUUAGGCAGUUUAGAGAAAAACUCAACCCUGGUUUAGUAGUUGAUGUUUUGAGAAAUAUACAUAACCCUGAAUUAGGUGUUAAGUUUUUUAAGUGGGCUGGUAGACAAAUUGGUUAUGUGCAUAAUGUAUCUGUUUAUGAUGCUUUAUUGGAUGCAAUAGGAUGUGAUGCAAACAAUGGUCUACCAGAACAUUUUGUUCAUGAUAUAGGAAAAGAUGACAGGGAAGUGCUUGAAAAGUUGCUUAAUGUGUUGAUAAGGAAGUGUUGCAAGAAUGGGUUGUGGAAUUUGGCACUGCAGGAGCUAGAGAGUCUCAAGGGUUCCGGUUACAAGCCCUCGGGGGCGACUUAUAAUGCAUUGCUUCAGGUGUUUCUACAAGUAAAUAACUUGGAGACUGCAUCUUUAAUAUACAAGGAGAUGUCAGCAUUGAAUUUUAAGAUGGAUAAGCAAACGAUUAAUAGCUUUACACGAUCGUUGUGCAAAGUGGGUAAAUGGAGAGAAGCCCUUGAUUUAAUUGACAAGGAAGAGUUUGUCCCUGAUACAGUUAUUUAUACUAAUAUGAUUUCAGGAUUAUGUGAAGGUUCCUUCUUUGAAGAAGCAAUGAAUUUUCUCAACUUAAUGCGGACUAAUUCGUGUAUUCCUAAUCGUGUAACAUAUCAAGUUUUGCUUUGUGCAUUAUUAAACCGGAAAAAACUUGGUCGCGUCAAGAGGGUUCUGAAUCUUAUGAUUUCAGAAGGUUGUUAUCCAGGUCAGAAAAUAUUUAAUUCUCUUGUACAUGCAUAUUGCAUAUCAGGAGAUUACUGGUAUGCCUAUAAAUUGCUCAAAAAAAUGGAUGUCUGUGGCUGUCAGCCAGGAUACGUAGUUUACAACAUAUUGAUUGGUGGAAUUUGUGGCAAUGAGGAGUUAGCAAGCAAGGAUGUACUAGAAUUGGCUGAAAAUGUGUAUAGCGAAAUGCUGACUGCAGGAGUAGUACUGAAUAAAGUCAACGUGGUCAAUUUUGCUCGAUGCCUCUGUGCAUGUGGAAAAUAUGAGGACGCUUUUAGUGUUAUUAAGGAAAUGAUGAGCAAAGGUUUUGUACCUGAUGCCAGUACAUAUUCGAAGGUGAUUUGUUUUCUUUGUAAUGCCUCCAAAGUGGACAAGGCAUUCCUGUUGUUCCAAGAAAUGAAGAAAAAUGGAAUUGUUCCAGAUGUUUAUACUUACACAAUUUUGAUUGAUAGCUUUUGUAAAUCUGGCCUUAUUCAACAGGCUCGUAAUUGGUUCAAUGAAAUGAUUGAAAAGGGUUGUACUCCUAAUGUAGUGACUUAUACAGCUAUUAUCCAUGCUUACCUCAAGCAAAGGAAAAUUUCAGAUGCAAAUAAGCUCUUUGAAUCAAUGUUAAUGCAAGGAUGCAUCCCAAAUAUUGUCACUUUCACUGCUUUGAUUGAUGGAUACUGUAAAUCUGGACACAUAGAGAAGGCUUGCCAGAUCUAUGCAAGAAUGAAGGGGAGUUUAGAUACCCCUGAAGUAGAUUUGUACUUCAAGGUUGAUCUUGAUGAUGGUAAUAAGGAGCCAAGUGUUGUUACAUAUGGAGCUAUGGUUGAUGGUUUGUGCAAAGCGCACAAGGUGAAAGAAGCUCGCAAUCUUUUGGAUGUCAUGUUAGCGGAAGGAUGCGAGCCAAAUCAUAUUGUUUAUGAUGCAUUAAUCGAUGGGCUCUGCAAGGUUGGUAAGCUAGAUGAUGCACAGGAGAUAUUUGCUAAAAUGUCAGAAUGUGGAUAUAGUCCGAGCGUUUACACCUACAGCUCUCUCAUUGAUAGGCUGUUUAAGGAUAAACGUUUGGAUCUUGCUGUAAAAGUCUUGUCUAAAAUGCUUGAGAGUUCUUGCCCCCCAAAUGUUGUUAUAUACACAGAGAUGGUAGAUGGCCUUUGUAAAGUUGGUAAAAUAGAUGAAGCUUAUAAACUUAUGUUGAUGAUGGAAGAAAAGGGCUGUCAUCCAAAUGUUGUGACCUAUACUGCAAUGAUGGAUGGAUUUGGCAAAGCUGGAAAAGUGGAUAAAUGUCUUGAACUCAUCGAGAGGAUGGGUAAUAGGGCUUGUGCGCCAAAUUACAUAACCUAUUCAGUUGCAAUAAAGCAUUGUUGUGCUGCAGGACUUUUGGAUGACGCUCUUCAACUCCUAGAGGAAAUGAAACAAAUAAGUUGGCCAAAACACAUUGCCAGCCAUCUUAAGGUUAUUGAAGGCUUCAGACGAGACUACUUAAUCAGUCUGGGUCUAUUAGAGGACAUGAGCAAUAGCAAUUUCGUUCCAAUUGUUUCAGUUUAUAGGCUUCUAAUUGAUAGCUAUCAAAAAGCUGGAAGACUUGAAUUUGCCGUUGAGCUACUUAAAAAGAUAUCAUCAUCUUCACCAUUUCCACAUCUUGAUAAGAAAAUGUACUCUUCUUUGAUUGAGUGCCUUUCUGCUUCAAACAAACUUGAUCUGGCAUUUGAAUUAUACGUGGACAUGAUAAAGAAAGGUGCAGUUCCGGAGCUGACGGACUUUGUUAACCUCAUUAAGGGUUUAAUAAGUGUGAAUAAAUGGGAGAAUGCACUUGAACUCUCUGAGAGUUUGUAUUACAUGUUACAUGCAUCGAAAUCCACCACCAUUCAGCUCCUUUAGAAGUCAAGAAAUGAUACAUUGAGACUAUCGCAUUAGCUGAUGCUCUCGCAAACUAUGGCACAUUACCAAAAAAAGGGGGCAAAUUGCGGAGGUUUUUUUUGAGGAGGGUACUGGUAACCUCCGCAAAUUGCACGAUGUUGCGGGAAUCACAGUUGGCUCGGUCAUUUCAGGCCACAGCACAACCGACUCAAUUCAUUGCAGGCCACAACUGAAGCGACUUCUUCCGUUCAGGUUACUUCACAGGUGGCACCAUCCCAUAAGCUCCAUAACAUGAGUCUGCAUCAUUGGAGUGUAGAUGCAAUAGAUUCACAAGGAGAUCACAAAAGGCUCAAACUGAGGACUAGAGAAGUGUUAAAGUUUAUCUCGGGGAGAAUCUAUCGACGCUCUAUUUGAUUACCUAGAGCAACCGAUUGGUGAAGCACAAGGCCUUCUCACAGGCUUAUCUAGUCUUUAAGCAGCUGAUUGUUCCAUGUUUCCAAUUAGCUUUGACAAAUGGCCUGAUCUACCUAAGUCCUACUUCAACCACUGCUUUGAUAAUAUCAUGAAGCCCCGUUCUUGUUUUAUGACACACUCUAUUGGAAAGAAGUGGGCUGCAAGUAGGAAGAUGUUGUGGAACAAGUUCAAUGACCCACUUAGAAGCAAAGAUAAGAUUAUGGAUAAUGUUCCAAUAGGUAUUGCUCGGGAUCAAUGGACUUCUUUGUGAACUACCGUGCCAAAGAAGAAACUCAGAAUAUGUGUAAAAGAAAUGCUGAAAAAACGGAAGAAGCAAACAGCUCCACGCUGAAAAAUCGGAAGAAGCAAACAGUUCCACACACCGGUGGCUCCAAAGUCUAAACCUAACUCUAGAGAAGGGCUGAAAUGAUCGCUGCCACGGGGAUAAAGCCCUGACAAGUAAAACUUUAUCUUGCCACGCAUAAGAAACAAUGGAUCAUAUGUGAGUGAGGAGGCAAGAGAAUAUGUGAAAAACUUCAGCACAUUGAGUCAAACUACUAUCGAUGAGUCUGAAAUUUUCUCCAUAUGAUGCCAUUAGUUAAGUGCUAGGGAAAGAGCUUCCUGGAUGAGUAAGAUGUUUGGGAUUAAGAGCUGCUCCUAGUAAUACUUUUAAACAGACAAAUCUCCGUGUUGGUGGUACUAGAAUCUCUUCAAGUAGUGGUGUUGUAUUUUCUUCACAAUGCCAAGAGAAGUACAAACAAUUGUAGAACACUCUCAAAGCAUAAAUGAUAAUGAAGGGACAAUACCUGAACAAUUUGCUGGGAUCUUUACUUCUCCUCCUACAAAGCCCAGUGAUGCAGCUAGCGGACCGUUUCACCCAUGGAUGCAUGAUCAUCUAGUGGUAGUAAAUUAGUAAUCCCAGUGACCACCAUUGAGAUGCCUUGUAAUUGGAAUUGAUGUAUAAGGAUAAAUUCUUGCUUUGAUUCUGUACUAUUGGAGUUCUAAGUUAUUGAAUAAAAGGUCUGUCUACAUGUUCGGGUA